AUGGACACGGGGAGGGAGCUGGCGAAGCGUGUCGUUCAUAAUGGAAUAAAUCAAGAUACUACUACUAGUUUCACCGCCGGCGCAAACACAGUGGUCUCUGACCAGGACCAGGAACCAAUUCACAUUUGGAUCUUGACAUGUCGGUCGGGGUGGCUGGUGGUUUCGGGAUCCCGUAGAAAUGCGUCUUUUAUGCCUCGGGUAUUAGCCACAGCUUGUAUUCAUUCAGUAAUUCUUCCGCGUCUUCAUUCUUUUACCUCGCUUUUGAAUAUUUUGACUCUUCCAUGCUGUGUCUUAGGAACCUCUUCAAUACGGUCCGGAUUGCUAGCUCCCGUUCAUAGUUCUGCUACAGACGAUACACGAGGAAUAUUUUUAUGGCGGUUCUUCCUUUUUAUUACUGGCAUAUCUAUGAUUCUUUUUUACCAGAUGAAGCAGCAGGCAUCGGUCCAUAUAACCCAUAAAAAAGAGAUGGUUGUGGCGCGAAGUACUCUUGUGCACCUACUACACUCGGCUCCCGCCCCCUUAUGGUAUGGAAUCAUUUCGCCAGCUAACCACAGCAUCAAAGAAAAACACUUGGUUUUGAAGCGCCACCAAUGACGGAUUUCGUACCGUCCAUAGCGCUUCGGAAGUCACUCUUAGGCGUAGAGCAGUCCACAACGGAAGCCUAGCCUUUGAGCUCCAAUCUUAUUUAGAACUUCGGAAGAUGGUCAAGGUAGCUUGCUCUGCACUAGAUGCGCAUGUAGUCUAUAGGAGCAGUCUUGUCGGGAGCAAAGUAGCAACGCCAAGAAGGUUGCAAACGCUAGCAAGUAGUCCAGUAGCAAGAAAGCUAGCAGCAGCUUGGUCUUAAAGAAAGCUAGCAGCAGCUCUUGGUCUUACUGGCUUUGAAGCAAAAGAAGGAUCUGCUGAAGCAAAAGAAAGAAAAGUAGAUCUCGGUUAAUAUAGAUCGAGUUAUUGCCAAGUCCUGUCUUCGUAGAUGCUUUCGGCGGUAGCGAGUUCAAAAAGGGGCAGCUAGAGUUCCCAUUAUUACAAUAGAUGUUUUCAGCGGUCCAAUCAGUCAAUAUCUCGAGCAAGAAGCAAGCAGCACAGAAAGCAGAGUAGUCCAUCAGUCUAUGAGGUUUUCCAACAGCAACAAGAACAUAGGCAGGAGAGAUUCCAGUUCUUGUCAAAGGAUCAUUUCUUACCUAGUAGCGACCAAUUGCAAGAGGGCUAUGUUUUCACCCACAGAGCAACAGUCAAGCAUUCAAUCAUUCUGCUAAGAGUGGAGUAUGGCCACUACAAUUGAGUUCUGGUGAUUCAGAUGGCAUUACUCUUCACUAAAGACUUGCUCGUGGCAUUAAACUAAACACCUUCCUUCGCUUAGACCUUUUCGUUUCAUAUUUAUACGCUUAACUCCCUUUUGUGCUGUUAACCUUAUUCUUAUUACACAUUAGAUAGGUAGGUAGGUAGACGACACCAGUAUCUUUUUUCGCGUCUGCUUUCUCCGUCAGUUGGCAUUGAGUGCUAGACCACCUUUUCCGUUUACCCUUACUCUGAGUGGUUAGAGGAUUAGCUGCAACCCUAUUAUCUUCUACUGAGUGGUUAGAGGAUAAGGAGCCAACCUAUUCUCUUCUAUGAAUUACUACCUCUAUAUCAAUAAAGGAAAA